GAGGCGACCGCGGGACCGGUCUAUGGGAGGCUCCGCGUGCAGAGACGCCAGCCGCCUGGCUUUGAAGAGAGCUUGAUUCUCCUCAGCCGGACGCAUUCCCCUGUGAUCCGCCCACGUCGAGUCCUGAACGGAGAUGGCAGACGAUCUUGGAGACGAGUGGUGGGAGAAGCAGCCGACUGGAGCAGGCAGCAGCCCAGAUGUGUGUGUAUUCCUGAAAGCGCCUCCUGGUUCAUAGCAUGCGGAGCUGCCUUUACAUGUGAGAUGGUGGUGGUGCUCCUGGGCUGUCCUCAGAUCUAUUCCACAGCUCUUCUCCCUUCCUGGAAGAGACCAAUGCUGUGAAUGUGCAUAUCCAAUGACAUGCCAGCAUAUCAAAAUGGAUGCUAAUAGCGGACCUUCCCAAAGCCUCACUGAUGCUCUGCUCAUCUUAUCCCUGCUCUUCAUUUUUUGGAUGUGAAUAUGUACUUUGUCUGCUGGGUGUAGAUACUCAUAGACUCGGUCCACUUGGGCAGCAGUCCCAAACCUUUUUGGCACCAGGUUCCAGUUUUGUCGAAGACAGUUUUUCCAUGGACUGGGGUGAGGGUGGUGGUAGAUGGUUUUGGGAUGAAACUCCCACCUCAGAUCAUCAGGCGUAAGGAGCAUGCAACCUAGAUCCCUCCCAUGCACCGUUCACACUCCUGUGAGAAUCUCAUGCUGCUGCUGAGCUGACAGGAGGCGGAGUUCAGAAGCAUCAGAUGGUGAAGAAGGAGGAAGAGACACGGAAGUGAUGCAGCAGGAGACAGUUCCACUUCCUGCAUCUUCAAAGAAAACCAAACAGCCUAAAGAAUGUUUUUUGAUACAACCAAAGGAUAGAAAAGACAAUACCACCAAGACCAGGAAGAGGAGAAAGAAGAAAAUUACUGAUGUUCUUGCAAAAUCAGAACCAAAACCAGGGGUACCUGAAGACCUACAGAAGCUGAUGAAGGACUAUUAUAGCAGCAGUCGCUCAGUGAUUGAAUUGGAAGAACUGAACCUACCAGACUCCUGUUUCCUCAAGGCCAAUGAUUUGACUCACAGUCUUUCCUCAUACCUAAAAGAAAUUUGUCCUAAGUGGGUAAAACUUAGAAAAAACCACAGUGAGAAGAAAUCGGUCCUGAUGCUGAUCAUCUGCAGCUCGGCCAUCCGAACCCUGGAACUCAUCAGGUCAAUGACAGCAUUCAGAGGAGACAGCAAAGUUAUAAAAUUAUUUGCAAAGCACAUAAAGGUCCAGGAGCAGAUGAAGUUGCUGGAGAAGCGUGUGGUACACUUGGGUGUAGGAACUCCAGGGAGAAUUAAAGAACUUGUUAAACAAGGUGGCCUUAAUUUGAACCCCUUAAAAUUUCUGGUUUUUGACUGGAACUGGAGAGAUCAGAAGUUGAGGAGAAUGAUGGACAUUCCCGAGGUAAGAAAGGAGGUAUUCGAACUUCUGGAAAUGGGAGUGCUCAGUCUGUGCAAGUCAGAAUCUUUGAAACUGGGCCUUUUCUAAGUCUGGGUCUUAAUGAAGAUCCCAGUUUCCACAGUAGAAGUUGCAUCUUAUUUAAUGACUCUGAUAUAUUGCAAGAACCCAGUAAAUAUCAGCAAAUAGUUUAUGUUAAGUGUGUCCGCAGAUGGAUCACUGGAAUGAGGGGAUUUCUGAAACAGAAAUGAAUCUGUCCUUUUGACAACCCUCUUGUAUAAUAAAAUAUCACUGGCUUGUGUGUGA